CACAGCUCUCCUUCGUCUUCUUCGAGAAUACUCCAUUGAUCGCCGCAUUUCUAGGGCUCCCACCGCACUCUUCCUGAGCCUCCUUCCGAUCCCUUCGAUUCUCCGUCGGCCCCGCUCUCCGCCUCUUCUGUAUGCUGAUCGCCUGGUUGCUCGUUUGCUAGCCGUCGACGGCCUCGGCUUUGCUCCAUCCCGAUCGAUCCAGCAACGAUACGAGAUAUCUAACUCAGGACCCUGAGAUUCCCGUCCGUGGCAGUCGGAUCGUCCUUUUAAUACCUCGGAAUCGCCUCUACGUUUCUGGGAUCGGUGAAUUUGAAUGGUGAAAAGGCAAAAUCUUGCUAAGAUUUAUAUUUUUGUUGCGAAAUUUAAAAGCUUGUGACAUCAUUUGGUGAGAUGAAGCCAGAGAAGGAAGGGCAUGAUUCCAUUAACAACUUCAUGAGUCAGACAAUUGGGAAGGAUCCGUUCUCUAGAAGUGGUGGAAAGCAGAUCCCCUUUGAACUGUGGAAAGGUGGGCCUACUGAUGUGAAUGUGGCUAAGGAAGCUAGUUGUUCUUCAAAUGACAAUGGAUCUGUCUCUAAAGGAACAAAAAGCUCAUCUGAACAAAUGCAAGCACUUAGAUUUCCUGAGGCUGUUUUAGCCUUUGCUCAAGCUGCUGCAAGGGCGAACGGUGAGCCUGAAAAAUAUCUUCCAGGAUGGCCUUUACUUUCACCACCCAAGGUCCAAUUUCAGAAAUGCGAGAAAUGUUCUCGAGAGUUCUGCUCUACGAUAAAUUAUAGAAGGCACAUACUUGUGCAUAGGCGCUCCCUAAACAUUGAUAAGGAUUUCUCAAGGAACAGAGAAUUUUUGGUUGUCUUUUGGGAUAAGCUACCUUUGGAGGACCGCAAAGAUAUUCUUUCUUUCACCAAUAUGGAUAUGGAGGAGGUUAAUGGUUCUUCUCUUGUGAGGUCAUUGUCUUCAUGGAUAAGAAAACCAUUAUUUUCUUCCCUGCCACAAGCAUAUGCCAAGGCUGGAUCUGCUCUACUGGAUUUGAUCCAAGAAAAGCCUUCCAGCUCUCAUAUGUCCUCCGAGGAACUCUUCAGCAUCCUUGAUAAUGCAAGUGAAAAGACCUUCUUAUCUACUGGCACUGCUAUCUCAGUGCAAAAAUUUGUGUUUGAUGGAGAAGUAUCAAAGAUUGCAUUGGAGAUGAAAAACCUUAUUUCUUGUGUUAGCUUCAUGCUUGAACAAAGAUUGGUCAAAGCAUGGUAUGCUGAUAAGGACGCAGAAGCUUUAAAAUGCCAUAAGUUGCUUAUGGAAGAAGAGGAAAGUGCUAAGAGAAGACAAGAUGAACUUAUCGAAAGGAAAAGAUUGAAGAAACUUAAGCAGAAAGAACAGAAAACAAAGGACUUACUUGAGGCAGAAAAUAGGUUUUUUCUGCCUGGAGCUGAAACAAGUGAUUCCCCUCAUUUGGAUUUCAACAGCACUGUGAUAUCAGAAAACGAAGGUCAUCAUCCUGUGGAACUUAAUGGAUCCGUAUGCCAUACUACAGAGAAUACGAUCAAAAUGGAAACUGAGGUUGCUGAUCAGAGUAUUGAUCAAGAUCAGAUGAAUGGCAGACAUCCUUUUUCAACCCAGUAUAAACCAAAAAGAACCAUUCGAAAUGGUUAUCCAGUUCAGUUCCCUGGAGCAAAAUUUUCAGUGUCAAUGAGGUACGACCCUUAUAAGGAGCCGAAGACCAACUCAUCUGCCACUAGUAAUAAGAUUUGGACACAAAAAAAUAAACGUGAAGAGGCACUAUACAACAGAAUUGAUAGGAUCCAUCAAGACCAGUCAGUCAAACCUGAUAGUUCUGAAGUUAUAAUCGGCUCUUUUUGUAUAGCGCUUGAAAGUAGUGAUAAAACAAGAAGUAAGCUGGACAAGAUUCGUACCAGACAACACAAUAUCAAACCUUCGACAGCAAUGCUGUGGAAACCUGUGAGUCACCAUGAAAACAGGAAUGAUACAAACAGUGUGUCUAAUAUGAGGAAAGAAAACUUCGUUGUGCCUUUAUGUGGAGAAUUUACUGAUUCAAUGUCUGCCGAUAAGAUCAAUUUCUCUUUGGAUGGGAGGAUGAACAAUGCUUCCGAGGCACAGCAGGGUCUUUUGAUGGUGCAGUCAAGUGCUGGGCCAAUCUUAUUCUCAAGCAAAAUUGCAGAAGCUUUUCUUGCACAGCGAUGGAAGGAGGCUAUUGUAUCCGAUCAUGUGAGGCUAGUUUUACCAUCUGAAGCUGAAGUACUUGAUGGGUAUGAUACGGCUGAAAAUGACAAUUACGAAAUAAUGCCUGAAUCAUGUGAAUCAGAUGGUAUGGAUAAAGGGCGUGAUAGCUUUGGAGGUGGCAGAUCUACAAUCGAGCUGCCUUAUUCUUUCAAGCCCAAAUUUAGAACAAAGACUGAAAAGAAUAGCAAACUAAAAUAUGUUCCGAAACAAACACACAGGGCCUCAGGUGAGUAGAUUGAGGUGGAAAAAUGGUUUUAGUGUCAUUGUAAGAUCUAGACUACGUGCAGAGGCUGCGGUUUUAUCAGGGGUCUUCUGUUCAAUUCAGCCUAGGUGAUGAUAUCCAAAUUCUUGUUAAAGGCUGCUCUCCUUUGCAAUAACUUAUCCAAUUUGGUGCUAUUGCUUUUUGUUAAUCUGGAACACAUGAACCGGUUAUGUAACCUGUCACCAAGCCAUAACUUUGCUUGCCUUGGGUUUUCGUUGCUGUACCAUAAUAAUCCAUUUUGAUUCUUUAAAUAAUUAUUCAUUUUGAUUCUUCCGUUGCU